CUUGCCGCCGCCGCCGCCGCCACCGCCACGCCGCCGCUGUCGCCGCUCGUCGAGCAGCUCACCGAGAUGGGCUUCGCGCGGCGCAGCGUCGAGUGCGCCAUCAAGGCGCUCGGAGUGGCUAGUGAUGUGCCUCCCAGUCCUGAAACACUAGUGGGUUGGUUGUUGGAACACCCUGAGCAACCUCUAUCUUCAUCAGACACAGCAUCUUCCUUUGAUCCUCUUUCUGAGACAGACUCCAUUUCAGAGGAUGCAGAUGAUUUUGGAUCCUCUCACGCAGAUGGGGGCCCCUCUGGUGCGGGUUAUAAUCAACGCCGAGACUUCUUAAGCAAUGAUGAAUAUGCCAUGUAUGUUCGAGACCACAUUGCAGAGGGCAUGCUAGUGCGCUGCUGCCGCACUUAUGAGGAAGUGCAUGAAGGAGAUGUAGGUCGAGUGCUCAAAGUUGACAGUGAAGGUCUUCAUGACCUCAAUGUGCAGGUUGAUUGGCAGCAUAAAGGAUCUACUUAUUGGGUGCGAUUUAUCCAUGUAGAAUUACUUGGCUAUCCCCCUGCUCUCCCAGGACCACCACCUAUUAAAGUUGGUGACCGGGUACGAGUAAAACCGUCUGUUCGCAAUCCAAAAUACAAAUGGGGCUCUGUUACCCAUGGAAGUGUAGGAGUUGUUACAGGUAUCAGUUCAAAUGGACGAGAUCUCACUGUGGAUUUUCCCCAACAAAAUAGUUGGACAGGUGUUGUAGCCGAAAUGGAAGUAGUUCCUUGUUGUCAUGUUGGCAUUACAUGUGAUGGAUGUCAUGCUACCCCAGUAACAGGACCACGAUUUAAGUGUAAAACUUGUGAUGAUUUUAAUUAUUGUGAGCACUGUUUCUAUACCAAACGCUUACAUCGACAUCCAUUCAAUAGACUUGCAGAACCUGGCAGUGCAGCUGUAUAUGCAGGGAAACCUGGCCGCUAUUUCCGACAAGAAGGUAGCAGUAGUUCCGCUAGUUCUGGUCCUGUGGGACUCCUUGAAGACUGGAGUCGCUGCAUAAAAACUCUGAAUGUAUCAUCUCGGGAAACAUGGGCUCAUCACCUAGUAGAUGGCUCUCCUAGCUACUGGCAGAGUAGUGGAGCUCAGGGCAAACAUUGGAUUCGUCUAGAAAUGCAGCCGGGUGUAUUAAUUCAUGCCCUACGCAUGGUUGUGGAUCCAUCUGACUCUAGCUAUAUGCCAUCUUUAGUGGUAGUGAGUGGUGGUGACUCAUUCACGAAUAUGAGAGAGUUGGCCAGUGUAUCUAUUCGGUCCUGUGAUAGUGUUGUGACACUUUUAUCGGAUUUCAAAGAGAUUCUCAGAUAUAGGGUUCCUGUCGUGCGUGGAGAUGGCGGUGCGGCAGUGCCGCAACGGCGGCAUCGACUGCAAGGUGCACGCGCUGGCAGAAUCGUGGUCGCGCGCGGACGGGCGCGGCGGCGCGGCUGGGCACACGGGCUGCUUCGCCGCGCUCUCCUUCCUCGCGUCCGACAGCGAGGAGCUGGCGACGGAGCAGCCCGCGCCCCGCGCGCCGCGCCCCUCGCCCUCGCCCACGCGCACGCCCACGCGCGACGCCCCGCUGCGCCCGCGCGCGCCCGCGCCCCGCCACCGCGACAUGUGGCGACGCCGCGCGCCCCCGCGCCCGCGCCCCCCGAGCCCUCCACCAAGGUGCUGGUGUGGGGGCUCAACGACAAGGACCAGCUGGGCGGGCUCAAGGGCUCCAAGGUGAAGCUGCCCAUCUUCUCGGACUCGCUCAGCGCCCUGCGGCCCCUGCACAUCGCCGGCGGAUCCAAGUCGCUCUUCAUCGUCUCCAUGGACGGCAAGUUGUUCGCAUGUGGUGAGGGGACAAACGGUCGCCUGGGACUAGGCCACAGUUCCAAUGUCUCCUCUCCACGCCUCGUCUCAGGCCUGGCACAGUUCGUUGUCAAGAAGGUGGCUGUGCACUCAGGAGGGAAACAUGCUAUGGCUCUCACCCUGGAUGGCAAAGUGUUCUCGUGGGGCGAGGGCGACGACGGGAAGCUGGGCCACGGCAACCGCCUGACGCUGGAGAAGCCGCGCCUGCUGCGCCGCCUCAAGGCGAAGCGCGUGCGCGACAUCGCGUGCGGCUCCUCGCACAGCGCCGCCAUCACCUCGGCCGGCGAGCUGUACACGUGGGGGCUGGGCGAGUACGGCCGCCUGGGCCACGGCGACAACGCCACGCAGCUGCGCCCCAGGCUCGUCAAGGCGCUGCUCGGCCACCGCGUCGUCCAGGUGGCCUGUGGAAGUCGAGAUGCCCAAACGUUGGCUCUGACCGACGAAGGACUUGUUUUCUCGUGGGGCGAUGGAGAUUUUGGCAAAUUGGGUCGGGGUGGCAGUGAGGGCUGCAAUGUUCCCAGGAGCAUUGAGCGCCUGAGCAAUCUUGGUGUGACACAGAUUGAAUGCGGUGCCCAAUUUUCGUUGGCUCUUACAAAGCACGGACAAGUAUGGACCUGGGGGAAAGGUGACUACUACCGAUUAGGUCACGGCACCGAUCAGCACGUACGGAAACCCACUCUUGUUGAGGGAUUGAGAGGACGGCGUGUAGUUCACGUGGCAGUAGGUGCUUUACAUUGUCUGGCAGUAACAGAUCAGGGACAAGUGUUUGCGUGGGGAGAUAAUGACCAUGGACAGCAAGGCAACGGAACAACUGUGGUUAAUCGCAAACCUGCACUUGUUCAUGGGCUAGAAGACGUGAGAGUCAAUCGUGUUGCAUGUGGCUCCUCACAUUCUGUAGCAUGGAGUGCCUUUGACAUGCAGGUGCCCAAUAUGCAUGAACCUGUGCUGUUUGUCGCCUCCGCAGACCCCCUGGGGGCCAGUGCUCUAGGUCUUCUGGGCACAGAUGAAAAAACUGCGUCAGUGGCAGCAGCAACGGGCGGUACAGGGCUCAAUGGUAGUGCAGGUGCCAGCCGCGGGGGACCACCCCCUGUGUCCUUGUCACGAAUGUUGCUCUCUUUGGAAACUCCAGCAGCUCAACAGCGUGCCCUGCAACAUGUCCUAAGUGCCUUGCAAGUCCUUCAAGCACGUGAGGCUGUUGUGGCUGCAUUGUCCUCACACACUAGUGUGCCAGGGCUCACUAAGCCAGGUAGCUCACUGGAAGUUCGGACCCCUGACAGUCCAGGAGAUGGCUGCAGCCGUGCGUCCCCAGCUGCUGCGCUCUUUGAUGAGGCAGCUGAAAUUGCUCAAGGCGGUGGUGAAGCCCCUGCGUGUGUCCUUGAAGCUGUCAGCUUUAGCUCCCCGACGACGCCCGAGUCGGAGCAGAGCCCGCUGGCGGCGCUGCCGUCGCUGUCGGCGUCGCUGUCGUCGCGCCUGUCGGCGAGCGCGAUGAGCGUGAUCGCGGCGACGGCCACGUCGCGGGCGCACGUGGUGGGGUGCGCGGCGGAGGAGGACGCGGAGGCCGAGGCGGAGGCGCGGCCGGGGGCCACGGCCGCGCCCGACGACUUCGCCGCGCUGCUCGGCGCCGACGACGCGCGCGCCCUCGUCGACCUGCUCAAGCUGGCGGUGGCCGGGCGCGCGGGCCCCGGCCCGUCCCCGGGCGCCGGCGCCAAGCACACCGUCGCCGGCGUGCUGCUCGCGCUGGCGGGGGCGAGCGCGGCGGUGCGCGAGCUGCUGCUGGAGCUGUGCGUGACGGAGCUGGAGGACGUGGCGCUCAACACGCGCGCGCUGCGCCUGGCGCCGCAACCCGUCGUGCAGGAGAGCAGCCACCCCUACGCCGACGACGCCACGCUCACCGGACACGUCAAGAUCCCAGGCGCCAAGGGGCUGCGCGUGGAGUUCGACCGCAUGUGCUCGUCGGAGCGGCGCCACGACCCGCUGGUGCUGAUGGACGGCGCGGGGCGCACGGUGGCGGUGCGGUCGGGGCGCGAGUGGGCCGAGUGGGCGCCCGAGCUGCGCGUGGCCGGAGACGAGCUGCGCUGGAAGUUCUCCAGCGACGGCUCCGUCAACGGCUGGGGCUGGCGCUUCACAGUGCACCCCAUCGUGGCGGCCGCCGGACCGCACGAGCUGGGCUCCGACCGCGCCAUCCUCUCGCAGCCCUCGGUGGAGCUCGUCACGUGCCUGCUGGAGCCGCGCCUCGUCGCGGCGGCCGAGCGCGCGCUGGUGGCGCGCCUGGCGGCCGCUCUCGCCGCCUGCGCGCAACUCUCUUCGCUC